AUGGGUCGCAAAGUGGUGGUAGCGGUUUGCACUUUGAACCAGUGGGCACUAGACUUCGAGGGGAAUCUGAGCCGAAUACUGCAGUCAGUCCAGGAGGCUAAGGAGCUGGGCGCAACGUACAGGACCGGCCCCGAACUGGAAAUAUGCGGCUACAGCUGCGAGGACCACUUCCACGAGCCGGACACGUUCCUGCACAGCUGGCAAGUCCUCGCCGAGCUGCUCAAGUCCUCGACCUGCAAGGACAUGCUGAUUGACGUCGGCAUGCCGGUGCAGCACAGGAACGUCUCCUACAACUGCCGCGUGGCGUUCCUCAACAAGAGGAUCCUGCUCAUCAGGCCCAAGAUGAUGCUCUGCGAAGACGGAAACUACAGGGAGACCCGCUGGUUCUCCCCGUGGACGAAGGAAAGACAAGUGGAGGAUUAUUACUUGCCACGAAUGAUAACGGCGAUCACAAAUCAAACUACUGUGCCAAUUGGUGACGCGGUAAUAGCGACAAAGGACACUUGCAUCGGAUUUGAAAUCUGUGAAGAGCUUUGGAAUCCUCAAAGCCGGCACGUGCCCCUGGGCCUGGACGGCGUCGAGAUCGUAUCGAACGGCUCCGGCAGCUACAUGGAGCUGAGGAAGGCGUACGUCACCGUGGACCUGGUGAAGAGCGCCACCUUCAAGAGCGGCGGCGCCUACCUCUUCAGCAACCUGAGGGGCUGCGACGGCCAGCGGAUAUACUUCAACGGCUGCUCCUGCGUGGCGGUCAACGGGGAGAUAGUCGCGCGCGGCCUGCAGUUCGCACUGCACGACGUGGAGGUGGUGGCGGCCACAAUCGACCUGGAAGACAUCCGCUCGUACCGCAGCCAGCUGCGCUCGCGCUCGCACUUGGCCGCCUCCAGCGCCCCCUUCCCCCGCAUCGACGCGGACUUCGCCCUCUCGGAGGGCGACGAACCCCACCUGGUCGCCAGCCCCCCCCUCGACUGGAAGUACCUCACGCCGGAGGAGGAGAUCGAGCUUGGUCCGGCGUGCUGGCUUUGGGACUACCUUCGGAGGUCAGGUCAGGGCGGCUUCUUCCUUCCCCUCAGCGGCGGCGUGGACUCUACCAGCACCGCUUGCAUAGUGUUCUCAAUGUGCACGCAAAUAUGUGAUGCCGUCCAAAAGGGAGAGAGCCAAGUGCUGUACGACGUGAGGAAAAUACUCUGCCAGGCGGACUACACGCCUUCAGAUCCGAUGGAGCUGUGCAACAGGCUGCUGGUCACGUGCUACAUGGCCACGGAGAACUCCAGCCAGGAGACGAAGCAGAGAGCGUCGCAGCUGGCCAGCGAGAUCGGCAGCUACCACUUCCCGAUAGUGAUAGACGCGGCGGUGAGCGCCGUAGUGGGGAUAUUCACCACGGCGACCAAUUUCGUGCCGAAGUUCAGGUCGAAGGGCGGCUGCCCCCGCCAGAACCUAGCCCUGCAGAACAUACAGGCGCGCCUCCGCAUGGUGCUGUCGUACCUGUUCGCGCAGCUGGUGCUGUGGGUGCGCGGCCGGCCGGGCGGGCUGCUGGUGCUGGGCUCGUCGAACGUGGACGAGGCGCUGCGCGGCUACGUCACCAAGUACGACUGCUCCAGCGCCGACGUGAACCCCAUCGGCGGCGUGUCCAAGACGGACCUCAAGGCGUUCCUGCACUACGCCAAGAACAGAUUCUUCCUGCCUUCGCUGUCCGAGAUACUGCAGGCGCCGCCCACCGCCGAGCUGGAGCCGCUGACCGACGGCCAGAUUACGCAGACCGAUGAGCAGGACAUGGGGAUGACGUACGCGGAGCUCUCCGAGUUCGGCCGCCUGCGGAAGACCCACCACUGCGGCCCCUACAGCAUGUUCCAGAAGCUGGUGCACGCGUGGAGCGACAAGUGCACACCGCAAGAGGUGGCGGAGAAGGUGAAGCACUUCUUCCGCUGCUACGCGAUCAACAGGCACAAGAUGACCGUCCUCACGCCGAGCUACCACGCGGAGACGUACAGCCCGGACGACAACCGCUUCGACCACCGGCCCUUCCUCUACCGCGUGCACUGGAACUGGCAGUUCAGGGCCAUCGACGAGGCCGUAAGUCAGAUGACGAAGGACAAGAGGUCCAGUGCAGAUCGAACUCAGCAGAAACAGGACCCUAUGGGCAGCAACAACUCCAUUGCCUCGAACCUUUCUGCACCUUUCAACAUGCGUAGAGACAGGAAAGGGGUGCUUAUA